AUGCUUGCUGGAGUGUAUCCUGUUGAAUGGCGAGACUUUUACAUGGGCGACAUGUUCUGCUCCUUGACAUACAGCAUGAGUGGCAUCGCUUUGUUCUUCUGUCUGUAUGCGCACGACUGGAACGACCCAUCGCAAUGCAACACAUCUCACCUACGCAUCACCGGGUUCCUUUCGGCGUUGCCCGGUGUGUGGCGCCUACUUCAGUGUCUUCGCCGUUACCGGGAUACGGGCAACAAAUUUCCCCACUUGCUCAACGGGGGAAAGUACACUGCGACGAUCCUCUUCAACGUAACACUGAGCAUCUACCGCUUGGAUAGACGGACCUCCACCAAGGCAGCGUACGUGACGUUUGGUAUCAUCAACGGCAUCUACACGAGCUUCUGGGACAUUUACUACGACUGGAGUCUGGGCGACCCGCGUGCCAAGCAUCCUUUUCUGCGCAAAGAGCUGGGGUACAAGAGGGUUUGGUGGUACUAUGCGGCCAUGUGCAUUGAUCCGAUUCUGCGAAACAACUGGGUCUUGUAUACGAUCAUCCCGCUCCAAGUGCAGCACUCGGCAGUGACGUCGUUUUGCGUAUCACUUAGCGAGAUUCUGCGCAGAGGCAUGUGGUCGGUGUUCCGCGUGGAGAACGAGCACUGUACCAACGUCGGACGGUUCCGGGCAAGCAGAGACGUGCCUCUGCCGUAUUAUAUUCCUGUUUCGGCGCAGGAAGACGAAGACCACUCGUCUGGCAUUCCGCGCGGACCCCAGACAAUCGACGAAGAGCAGCCCGACGAGCAACAGGCACCGACGCCGACGCAAGGUGUUCUCAAUCGCCCUGCCACAGCCACAGGCGCAGACGUCGAGCCUGCCCCGCCAACGUCGACGCGCAAACGUCGCGGCACGUCGGAUUCGUUCCGGCCUUCGCCUCUACAGCGCGCCUUUACGCACGUGGGAGACAUUUUCCGCGACGCACACGCACAGGACUUUGAGCGCAAGAUCAAACCGGAGCUUGGGCGUGAUCCGCGCACGGCUAACAAGGUGGACGACGAUAGCGACGACGACUCGGAGAAUGAUGAAGAGACUGGUGAGCUUUCCAACGGCAUUGUGGGUGGUAGUGGUAGUGGUAGUGGUAGUGGCAGCAGUGAUAGUGGAGCAGAGCAGCAUGCAGAAAGCGAUGGAGAGCGAGAAGUGGAGGCCGAAGUGGGGGAUAACGCGGAGCAGAGUGCAACAGGCAACAGGGGCGGUUGGAAACAAAGUGUGGGGGGCGCCACAAAUAGGCUUUGGCAUUGUGAUCAGCGCGCGUUCAGGUCCGCGCCGUGA